AUGCUACACCCAUGCCUGUUGGGCAUCCAAAAGAAAUGGACAAUCUGGGGCGCAAAUUUUAACUCCGUUUCGAAAGAGGAGAAGCCUCCACAUGGUGAAGCAGACUCGAUGCGGAGACGGGAUCAACCAGACUGGGCACACGUCGCUAGCAGUGGGGGGCGUCAGAAAGGAGUUAACAAAUUGGCGGACGGAGGGGAGAGCGAGGCAGCAUCAGGUGGGGGUCCUAAUGGGAACUGCCUACAGAAUAUGCACUCCCUCCUGGUGUCGAAAAAGAUUAAGGAAGCAUUAAGCAAGCUCAGAAACAAACACAGUUACAAAAUAAUCUCGAAAAAAAUUAAAAACGAAAAGAACAAAAUAAAUGCACUACUCUCCAUUUAUCACUUAAAAAAGGGAAGCCUAAAGCAGAACCUCAAUGAACACAUCUACAGAAAGGCCGUCAUGCACACAAAGACAAAGAUCUUUCAGCUUGUAAAAAAGAACAAGAAAAGAUCCUUCAUAGAUAUUUAUUAUGAGGAAAAACGAAAAUAUAAGCUACGAAAGGAGAAGCUCUUAGAAUUACAGAAGAAAUUGAUUAGCAACUCCAGAGUGGCACAAAUGAAUGUAAAGAGAUUUUUUCAAAGAUAUGGAUACAUUGGAUUAGGAACCUACUUUAUUGUCUUUUGUGUGACUUUUUCAUGUUGCUACUUGUUUGUCCAUUUCAAAUACAUUUCCUUGGCUGACUUAACUUACUGGUGCGAAAAAAUGCACUUAACGAAAUAUAUGAAUGACGACUUACAGAAAAAAAUUGAUUCCCUAUGGGGGGAACUCAUUUUCGCGUAUAUUGCUUCUAAGGUGACUGAACCCGUUCGUAUUGUCAUCACUAUUCUGAUCACUCCCUACAUUGUUAAGAUGAUUAGGCUCAAGAGGAGCAGUCGGAUCAAAUCCUUUUAG